GAACGUCAGCCGGAACUAGGAAGUGUUCAGCGUGUUGUCGCGGGUGCUUUGCUGUUGCUGGUUCCUUCUUCCUCCUGGCUCAAAUGGCGAGCUCCGCGGGCCCGGGUCGGACUGGACCGGGACUCUGGUCCUUGGCGCUGCUACUGCUGGUGCUGAUGGGACUGAGCGGGCCGGUCAGUGCCGUGUCUGAACCGGGGAAAUGGAUCCUGAACGUCGACAGUGAAACUCUAAAGAAGCAGACGUUCUUCUACUUCCAUAAAACUCUGUUCAACAGCAGCUUCAUCCAUCUCAAACCGGUGGCAGAGACUUGUAACACCUCGUCUCCAGUCCAGUUGAACGUGUCCUGGUAUCUGAGGAACUCUCACUGCUACAAUGAAGUCUUCAACCUAGACACGUCGCAGGCAGGAAGUUACUUCAGGUCGACGCAGGUCAGACCGGGAGGAGGAAGCGGAUACUUUGUUUUUCACCAGUAUCCCACCAUCACCUGCCAGCCACACAUAAACCCCAACACGUUCGUCCUGGAAGACUUUGAGAUGAAAACCCGGCUGACAGAACCGGCUCGGCAGCAGCAGCCAGUCACUGAGAAGCCUUCAGGCAGGAGGAGGAGAGAGGUGGAGCCUCCGAAACCAAAGGCUGCUGCAGCACAGAAGGAAGGGGCUUCAGCGGGAACAGGGAAAGCUGCUGUCCCUCGUAAAGAGGCUGCUCGUCUUCGCGUCGAUGCGGUGGCUGAGAGCUGGGAGGACGGCCCCUACAUGUUCAUCCUGAAUAUCAGAGAAAUCAAAGACAAGAACCAAGCCCCCGACCCCGCCAACCCCCCCACGCCCUGGAGUCUACAGCUGCAGAUCAGCAUGAAGGGUCCUCAUGACUACAUAUCGGCCUCUGAAUGGCCUCUGAUGGUGUUCUACAUGGUGAUGUGUAUCGUGUACGUGCUGCUGGCGGUGUUGUGGUUGGUUCUGUCGGCGUGUUACUGGAGGGAUCUGCUCAGGAUCCAGUUCUGGAUUGGAGGAGUCAUCUUCCUGGGCAUGUUGGAGAAAGCUGUUUACUACGCCGAGUUCCAGAGCAUCAGAUAUGAGGGCUUGUCAGUCCAGGGGGCGGUGGUGUUUGCGGAGGUGCUCUCUGCGGUGAAGAGGACUCUGGCCAGGGUGUUGGUGAUCAUCGCCAGUCUGGGAUACGGCAUCGUCAAGCCCAGACUCGGUGCUUUGCUCCACAGAGUAGUCGGAGUCAGUCUCCUCUACUUGAUCUUCUCCAUCGUCGAGGGGAUCCUACGAGUCAACGCUGAUCGAGGCGACAACACCAGCAGUAGAUUUUUGUGUGACAUAGUGCUGGCCUUCAUUGACUCCUGUGUUGUCUGGUGGAUCUUUGUGAGUCUGGCUCAGACGAUGAAGCUGCUGAGGCUGAGAAGGAAUGUGGUGAAGCUCUCUCUCUACAGACACUUCACCAACACACUCAUCUUCGCUGUCAUAGCGUCUGUCAUCUUCAUCAUUUGGACCACCAAGACCUUCAGGAUGCCUAAAUGUCAGUCUGACUGGAGGGAGCUGUGGAUAGAUGACGCGUUCUGGCGCUUCUUGUUCUCCAUCAUCCUAUUGGUCAUCAUGUUCCUAUGGCGACCGUCAGCCAAUAACCAGAGGUAUGCCUUCAGUCCUCUGUUUGAUGAAGAGAGUGAGGAAGAGGAGAAGGAGCCCAUGAUGAACGAGGCUUUCGAGGGGAUGAAAAUGAGGGGCGUGAAAAAUGAGACCAAUGGUGCGGCCAAAGCCAACAAAGUGGAUGAGGAUCUGAAAUGGGUAGAAGAGAACAUCCCUUCAUCGAUGGCAGAUGUCGCUCUGCCCCCGCUGCUAGACUCUGACGAGGAAACCUUGACGACUAAGUUUGAGAUGUCCAAGAUGGAGUAAAGCAGAAGAGGAAGGACGGACUAAUGGAGGGAACAUGGAGUAGGAGGAGUGUUUGGAAAAACACAAGUCUGGUAAACAGAUGGAUAAAUAAGCCAGAUUAAUAACGAGGUGGAGUAAAAGAAAGGGAUGGCUGAUUAAAUGCACAUGUGAGGAGGUAUAGAUGGACUGAUGAAAGGGAACGCAGAGAGGAACGAGACGGCGUGUCUGUAUGUGAUUUAAUCCCUGAAUUUAUGAGCUUUGUAAGCCUAGAUUGUACAUACACUGGGAGUAAAAUCGACCACAGAUCCUUUUCAUUUUUUAUUUUUAUUGCCUGUUUGUAUUUAUAUUUCUAUAUAUAUAUAUAUAUACAGUAUAUUUUGACAAAUUUGACAUUUAUGAGGUUCUCUGCUACAGAGUGGCUUAUUUGCCUUUUCACCGUUUACAUGCGGAAAUGUGAUUGUUUUUUUUUUUUUUUUUCUUUUCAAAUAUUGUCUCAUCAGACAUUUUGUUUUCACUGUUCCAACAACAAGAGAUCUCCUCGUCACUGCUGUUGGGGGUUAGUUUAGUUUUUUACGUUGGCCGAGUUCCAUACCUGUUGAGUGGGUUUCUUUUAGACUAUUUCAACCUGUAAAAACCAAAGUUGUGAAUCUGAAAGAAAAAAAAAACAUGGAUGUGAAUGAAUACAUGAACUUUUUUCUCAUUCUUACUUUUUGGAGUUGUGAGGUUGGUCAUUGAAGGUAGUUUUGGUUUUGGAUCCGUACAGUUCCAGCUUUGCUUUCCAGUGCAGUUUGAACCAUUAAAACUGUUCACAUUUGGAUAAUUUCAAAUGUGUGAAGAUGAUUUUAUUUUAUUGUUUGACUUUUUCUUUGUGUCUGCAUAAAGGAAUUGUGGCAUGUUUUUGCAUCAAAAAGGACAGAUUUGCUGCAUCUGGCUAAUUAAAGUCAGUUAAAAUGUAUGUCUUUGAUUCACUUUGAUGAAAUACUCCCCUGGUAUCAUUAUUAGCAUUUCACGUCACUUGCUAGCCUUCUUGAUGAUGAUGAUGUGCGUUAAGGUGACGUGUGUGGUCGCCUCAGAGUUUUAAAGCCAGAGUAAACUGCUAGCAGAGCCUUAACAUACACAGACCGUCCCUGUGCUGCACAUCGCAGGUACCACUGUAGCAUAAAACAUGCUUAAGGGCCCCGACACACCAAGCCGACUGUCAGCCAUUGGACACCAUCAGGCUGUUGUUGUCUGUUGCUGCCAAUUGAGCCUGUGGAACUGAUGACUGCAGCUUGUAAGAUAACACUCUGGUUGGCUGUUCAGCCAGGUAAAUCAGGGAUUUUACCAAAUUAGAAUAGUUUUUAUGUAUUUUUCACGCUUGCCGUUUGCCUUCUUUUCAUGCUAGCGGCGUGGCGCGAGGGCAGUGUCGGUUGGUCGGUCCAGACUGAAGGAUCUCAACAACUGGAGGAUACAUUUUGUACAGACAUUCAUGUUCCUCAGAGGAUGAAUCCUCCUGACUUAGGUGAUCCCCUGACUUUUAUUCUAGCGCCAGCAGCAGGUUGUCACUUUUGACUUUUACUGAAAUAUCUCAACAUCUAUUGUAUGAAUUUCCAUGAAAUUUGGUACAGAUGUCCAUGGUGCCCAGAGGAUGAACCCUAGUGACUUUGCUCGUCCUCUGACUUUUCAUCUAGCAGUUUUGAGUGAAAUGUCUCAACAACUAUUGGAUGGAUUUGCCAUGGGCAUACUCAUAUCACCAUUAAUUUCCUGUCUCCAUUUAAGUGUAAACUAAAAUAAUAUUUUUUUUUAAAGUGAGAACCCUGCCAGACUCAUGCCAAUCUAUUUAUGGUAUCUGUCAUCCCCAUACACAGAAACAAAACCUCCCUCCAUUGUCUUUUUAUUAGCUUGAUCAUGCAUAAAUAUGACCACUUACACACUCUGCUCACACACACACACACACACAGACACACACACAGACACACACAUAGACUCACGCAUAUUACUCCUGUCCCAGUCUCAUGUGUGUAGCGUUUUCUAUGACGGCAGCCAUUAUCGCUCUGAGUGGCCUGUACAGCCAGCAGCCAGCUCUCUGUGUGUGUGUGAACAUAUAGACUAUCGUGUGUGUGUGUGUGUGUGUGUGUUCCAGCCUGUAAAGUGUUGACAAUGACUUGUCUGAAUGGAGUAAACGCUCCAUACAUCAUCCAGUUCUGCUGCAGGGAAAAGUCCACUCUCCCUCUCUGCUGUCUGCUCCCAUCAGCCUGCAGCAGCUCACAGCCUGUUCGCUGUUCUCAGGAACAUCACAUAAUAUGUUUUUGGUUAUUUUGGCUGUUUUCAGCAACGUUUGAGAUUGAAAUUAUGGAUGGCAUUAUAAAGUUCUUUUCUCACAAUCCUUCUUAAUAAGGUCUUUAACACUGAAUAUCUGCAGAUACUGAUUCCAUAUUUAGAUUUUCUUACACAACACAGCUGCACUCAAAGUAGACGAACAUCAGAAUUGGUAAAGCAAAUUCAGUUUACAUAAGACAUGUUUGACCGCUAGUGUUGUUUCAUUUUCUGCAGGAGUAUUCAAUUUUAUUUACAGUAUAUAGCACCAAUUUGUAACAGAAGAUAUCUCAUUUCACUGUUCAUAUAGAGCAGGUCUAGGCCGUACUCUUUAUAAUACUACUGAGCCAAUACAACAACAAAAAUGUGUCGCUGUCCACGUACUUACAGACUGUGGUAUAAAAUCCAAGUAAUGCAAUUGUCAGGCUUUGAGAAUCUUUUUUUUUUUUUUUACCCACAAAGCUCAUUACACUGAAAUAUCUGCCACAGUGUGAAAGCACAGAACAGUGUUUGUUUAUAAGGCUGUUAAAUUUAGAUGAAAAUGGUUUUAAGAAUUAAACAUCUGUUCCUUCUGAAUUGUUCAGUUUCUAGUCUGAAAUGUGGAGACAGAAGUCGCUUAAAGUAAUUACACUUAUUUAAAAGCCUUUGUAAUUACUUUUUCUGUUAAUCAAUUUGAAAGACUAAUUGUGGAUUUUAUAUGAGUGGUGGAUGUCUCAUUUUGGGGAGAAACGCUUCAGUUUGAUGUCUCCACAGUAAAAUGUGUUCCAGGUUUGUCUCUCAUAGCAGCAUCUGUUUGUUGUUGUCCAAAAAAUACCUUGAUUAUGUAAAGAACUGUGCUGUUUGGGUUGUCAAAAGUUAAUAAUAAAAGUUAAUAAUAAAAAACUUAAAAAGUUAA